GUUUAGAGUCCCCUUUUUUUUUUUUUUUUUCUUCCUACAAGUUUAUCAAUAUGUCUGCCCACGAAGAAAAGCCUGUGGAAACUCAAGUAGAAACCGCCCAAUCCCGAGGUGAAAAGAAGGCUCGUAAGGCUAUCUUGAAUCAAGGUUUGAAGCAAGUGGCUGGCAUCAACCGUGUCACCUUCACCCGUGCUGGUGGUAUUGUGUUUGCCAUUGCCAAGCCUGAUGUCUACAAGAGUGUCAACUCUGAUACCUUUAUUGUGUUUGGUGAAAUGCAAAUGGAAGACAUGCGUGCUCGUGCUCAAGAAGCUGCUGCUCAACAAUUGGCUGCUGAAGCUGCUGCCAAGGCCGAUGAACCUGAAGCUGCUGAAGCCUCUACUGCUGUCGAAGAAGAAGAAGAUGAAGAAGAAGUCGAUGCUACUGGUAUUGAAGAAAAGGAUAUCGAAUUGGUCGUUGGUCAAGCUAAUGUCUCUCGUAACAAGGCUAUCAAGGCUUUGAAGAACAAUGAUAAUGAUAUUGUCAAUGCUAUUAUGGAACUCACCAUGUAAUGAUACUCCCACCAUUAAAGAUUUAGUAUAGCUUUUCCUUUUUUGUCUUCUUUUUUUUUGGUUUUUCCCAUUUUGUCUAUCAAUGUUUUACAAUAAAAUCUUCAUGUAAAAAUAA